GCAGAGACUAAAUGAAGUUGCCCCGACCGCACGGGAAAAUGCCGAUUUAGUUUAAUGUGUCAAGUAUUGACAACGAAAAUGGUUUUAUGCAGAUACUGUUGUCUAAUAGUGCCUAUCAAGCUGCUUCACACGCUCUCGUCCUUGUUGCGCGCGGCUUUUUUAGUCACGCCCUCACUCACCAGCGUAUUUAAACACAACAGGAGGUGCAGUUUUCGUUCGACGGUACAACUCUGUGGAUUGUUUUAAUUUAGUGAGGCUGUGUGUUUGUUUUAGCAUUGUCCUUCUGUCUGUUUUAUUGAAGUGUACGCGGCUGGACCGACGCAACCGUGUCACAGCUAUGAGUGCUGGUACUCCUUACAUUGGCAGUAAAAUUAGUCUUAUCUCCAAGGCACAGAUCCGAUAUGAGGGGAUUCUGUACACCAUUGAUACCGAUAAUUCAACGGUGGCUUUAGCCAAAGUAUGUUCAUUUGGAACAGAAGACAGACCUACAGACAGACCUGUACCACCGAGAGAAGAGGUUUACGAGUACAUUAUCUUUCGUGGCAGUGAUAUUAAAGACAUUACAGUAUGUGAACCACCAAAGCCUCAGCAUGCUCUUCCUCAAGAUCCUGCUAUUGUACAGUCAUCCUUGGGCACUUCAUCCACAGCCUCUUAUCAGCCACCAUUGUCUUACAGCCCGUUUCGUGGUAUGCCUCCCUACAGUCAGCUUGCUGCCAGUUCCUUGCUUGGACAGCAGUAUAUGGGUCUGGAAAGGGCUGUUAGCCCACCAGUUUCUACAUCUGCUUCCAGCCUUGGUUCAUCUCUGCAGUCAACCAUUUCAGAGCAGAACACGACUAAGCUUCAAAGCCAGCUGCCUUCUCAGGGUUCUGGUUUCCCAUCUCUACGUCCUUUGCCUCCAAGGAGGAGUCCCAUGGUAGAACAAGCUGUACAAACUGGACCUGUGGAGAGCCCAGUUCAGAAAAGUGCACCGCAAGUGAAAACUACAAAUGUGAUAGUACAGCGACCAGAGCAGCAGCCACAACCAGUUCCACAGCCACUUCCCCAGAGAAGCACUUCUAUUUCAUUAAAUAAAGCUGAUUCCCAGCAAAUAGAAGCUCCAAAUCCAGCACUAGUAAAUGAUGAAAACCGAAGGCCCCAGAGAAGAUCAGGAAAUAGACGCUCAAGAAACCGUGCAAGAGGGCAAGCCAGGCAAGGAACAGUAAAGGAAAACGCAAUUAAAUUUGAAGGAGACUUUGAUUUUGAAAGUGCAAAUGCACAGUUCAACAAAGAAGAACUUGAAAAAGAAUUUCAGAAUAAACUAAAUAUUAAAGAUGACAAAAGUGACAAAGCUGAUGGGGACGAAAAGGGAGAUUCUGGUGUUGAAACGCAAAACAGUGAGGGAAAUGCAGAGGAAGAUCCUUUAGGACCAAACUGUUACUAUGACAGAUCAAAAUCAUUUUUUGACAACAUUUCUUCAGAGCUGAAGUCUAGGGAAUUGUGUGAGCUGAAGACUGAAUUGCAUUUACCAUGCUUCAAAUAGGAAAAACACUACAAAUGACUGGUCCAUAUUUGAAUUUCUCUCAUUGUCUGGGAGCAGAGAAUGAAUGACUUUACUUUUAGCUUUUCCAGUGGAUUUCCAAGUUUUUAUAAUUCAUAUCUUCCUCAGAAGUAAGCAAAUUUCAUAUGGACUAAAUUGAAAUGAGGGCAUUUUUGCUUUUUUUGCCUUUGGUAUUCCAAGCAUUUUAUUUUUGAGACUUUAUUUUGCCCUUAAACAUAUGGACUGAAGUUGAAAUAAGCAUGGUUAUGGAAAUUUGGGAUGUAAUUAGUCUUGGAAGAAAUAUUUGCCACAUUACAGAUUUGGGACUGCAAAAUAAGGCUGUGUUGGUAGGCUUUCUUGCUAUGCUUUUGAGUUAUGGCUCAGUACAGUAAGCUAUACAAUUGUGUAUUUGAAGCACACACUUGUGGCCAUGCAGAUCCAUUUAGGUAAUCCUAAAAGCACCUGUUGUAUACUGCUUCAGGCCAUGGAAUGCAGAUUGUCCUCUUCAAAAGCAUUUGGUUGUGGAUAAAGUAUAGCUAAGAAUAGUUUAUAAAAUGCAGAAUUUAACCCUGUUCUCACCAAAAUGUAUAUAGAGCACACUUUAUUUUCAGGGUCACAGUUAAAGCCCUUGAAUUCUGUUGCAUAGACUGCUGUUUUACUUUUUCAUUUGGUUUUGUUUGUAACAUGGGUUUAAGAGCACUUUUGGUGUACAAAUCUUGAUCGGUAGAUUAAGUGUGAACACCAAGUUUUGAACUGAUGUAUAAUUUAUGUACAAUUGUCUAAGCUUGCCUUUAUUUUUCUAAGAAAUAGUUAAUAUUUGUGACCAGACCAUGUCAGUAGGGCUGUGUUUAAUAAAAUAAAGGAAAAUGUCAACAAAAA